CCAGCCCAAAGACCAUUAUCCAUUCGCACUACACAUCUCCUGGUCAUCCUCCACGAUCUUAAGAAUACUUAAAUAUGGGUGAGCUCUGUUGUUGCAAAUUUAUUUCCACGUUGUAUAGGCGCAAUUUACAGCUUCAUUUCACGUCUUUUUGGUUCGAGAGAAAGGCGGAUAUUGAUUUUAGGUCUUGACGGGGCGGGAAAAACGACAAUUCUCUACAGACUUCAAGUUGGAGAAGUUGUUACAACCAUUCCCACCAUUGGAUUCAAUGUCGAAACAGUUGUCUACAAAAAUCUGAAGUUUCAAGUUUGGGAUCUGGGAGGUCAGACAAGUAUUCGACCUUACUGGCGGUGCUACUAUUCCAACACGGACGCUAUAAUCUACGUGGUUGAUAGUAUGGAUCGUGAUCGUGUCGGCAUAUCGAAGCAGGAACUGGUUUCUAUGCUUGAGGAAGAAGAACUGCGCUCGGCCGUUUUAGUUGUUUUGGCGAAUAAACAAGAUAUCCCCGGUUGCAUGAGCAUCAGUGAAGUUGCGAACGCCCUCGGACUAGCAACAAUCAAGAAUAGGCGAUAUCAAAUAUUCCGGACGUCAGCUUUAAAAGGCGAAGGACUAAAUGAGGCAAUGGAUUGGCUAACGAACACCCUUACUGGGGCCAAGUAGGACAAAAUGAUUACCCUCCUUGUCUUCUGUGAAUACUCUGCAGUGUCACGUUUUGGAUUUGGUCUUACCUACGGUUUUUGUGAUGUGAGAUGUUUCUCGUGGCGCCAACUAGUGGGAUUUACUUUCAAGUUCAUGAGGUUGUUGUUCAUAUUGUGGGCUUUUUCAUACUUGGCUCUACGCACUAUUCGCCCAACGUGAAAGUUGGCUGUGAUAUUCGUCUUUGUCUUCCUCUAUUUCCAUCAAUAUAUUCAUCUAUACACGUUAUCGUCUUCUUCAAGGUUAUUCUACGAGCGUUGUCACUACUGCUUUGCACCAUGCUUCUAU